UCGGCUGGUAUAGCAUAGAAGUUAUACUCUCUCUUUGUCUUGCUCCUCAAUGUCCUCACACGAAAUGGCUCAAGCCCCAAUCCAGUUUGGCAUCAUAGGAUGUGCAGGAAUUGCUCACAAGGUGUCGCGGGCCAUAACCUUGGCUCCUAACGCAACCCUCGUAGCCAUAGCCAACCGCUCCGUGGAGAAGGCGGAAAAAUUUGCGUCGGCCAACAAUUUCCCUCUUAACGCCAAGGUCUAUGGCUCCUAUGAGUUCUUCCUUGAUAAGAUCACGGAGGCUUGUGAGGCUAAUGGUGUGCAAUUCAUGGAUGGUAUGAUGUGGAUUCACGACCCUCGGACCUCUAAGAUCACGAAGGCUUGUGAGAUCGAGGCCAAUUUCAGGACAUCAACGAAAAUUGGGUUCACUGAACUCUUGCCCGGAUGGGUACCAUUGCUAAGUGAGCACGUUGUCACAACUAAUCUUCUUCAAGAAGCUCGUAUGGUUAUGGAAUUCACUGGUUUGGUUGGAAACAUAAAAACAAAUGGUGCAAGACCAGAGAAGAAAUGGGCAAUUAUUAGUAGAAAAACACAGCUGAUAUUUAAUGCAGUGAAGGCAUCAAUUAAGAAAGGUUUCGAACCUGUCGAGAUAGCAAAUUGAUUGAAACCUUAUAACCGAUUGUUGUGCUUAGCCAAAAAGAAAUUUUCAAAUUGUUUGAAUUAUAUAUUGAAUCUAAAUAAAU